AACAUGUGACGAGAGUCCUUUGGCAUCUUCUGCCUUGGAAGGAUGACUUACUUUCCCUUCAACGAAGAUGGCAUCUUACUAUCAGGUCUAGAAGAUGAAGCACCACCAAUUCACGUGUUCAUUUAAGGCUUGAGAGCGUUGGGGGCUUAAGCGAGUCACUCGGUGAGUUUGGCGGCUAAAGGACGGCCAUUGUGAUUGCCAGUGCAUAAUUGACUGUGAAUGGAUGCUAUUCCUGCUGACAACCCCACAUGCAGGCGCUAAGUUGUAGAAAGGGAAAGGUGCGAAUAAGAAGUCAUAAUGGCCGGCCGGUCUUCUAGGGGCGGAUUAGAACCAUUUCCCCUAAAUCAUUGUGUCAGGGUGCAACAACAAAACAAUGCCUACCCAAACGCUUGCCUCAACGUGGUCUCCAACAAGCUGUCCAGCUUCAACCGAUCUUUGGGAAAUUUAUCUCACCACGAGUGCGGUCUUUUUCAAUCUUGGACCCCUCACUGCGACAUCCGAUUGUGCACCCUCUGGCUAUACCCCAACCAUACCUUACUAUGCAGUCUCCUGUCCGACUGGUUAUACCUCGGCCUGUGCCCAUGGUCUCGACGACGCGACAACUGUGUGCUGCCCGACCGCGCGCCCUAUGACCUGCGCGAGCAGCGCAAAGGUGUACAGUUCACUCACUUUGAGCUGCGAAGAGAGGUUCUCGAGCUCGUACACCGCAGAAGUCACACAAACCUCGGUUUUUGGCGACUCUCGUCAAACGGGAACAGCAACAGUGACUUUCACCCCCGAUUUUGAUGCGAUCAACGGGUUUGGACUAGAAUAUGUCCAGAUGACAUCUACGAGCAGCAAUUCUGCACCCACGAAAUCCGAAGCGACAUCUACGAGUAGUAACUCUGCACCCAUGAAAACCGGAGCGACCGCGAUAGCUAGUCCAUCUUCAUCCACCGAUAGUGGGAAUAGCCUGUCCCGAGGAGCGAUCGCGGGCAUUGUAGUGGCCGCGGUUGCUUUCAUUGCCAUCGUCGCCCUGGUUUGGAACCGAACAAAAAUCACUGCAUGGGUUCACCGAAAGACCGCGCCACGAUCAAGUCGGAUGGAACAGAAGUUAUAUCCUAUUUCCAUCCAGCCAAGUCUGGGGCAGCACCCGUACGGAAAUUUCGCGACGGAUAGGGUUCAGCCUAUGGAGCUGGAAUCAAGGCGGGAAAUUGUGGAGCUACCAGCGACGCGACCGAUAGCAGAGAAGAGCGUCUGA